AUGUCAAAUAACUAUGAAGCCAUUGAUCUUGAUGAUAUCAUGUUUAAUAACGAUGAAGAUGGAGGAAUUUACUUUAAUCCUGAAGACGAAGAACUCAUCAACAAGCAUCUACUACUCAAGUUAAAAACGUAUCUAAAAUCCAAGUCAAAAGAUGUAGUCUGUGAAGACUCCAAACCCAAGUCAAAAGAGGAAGAUUAUGAUGACUUCAUCGAGAUGAAGAACGUCUACGAUAAGGAGCCAUGGUUGCUGGACCAUAUCAAUAAUCCUUUGUUCAGAAAAAACGAGUGGUUUUAUUUCGUGACAAGAACUCAAGUGUCAGUGAAGAACAUUGGUCGUGGUAGGAACUCAAAGAGGAGGAUCACCGGGGACAACGAUAUUGGGAGUUGGAAACCUAACGCUAAACAAGAUAUCAAGGACGAAGAAACAAAGAAGAUCGUAGGUAAAAAGCAAACCCUGAAGUUCACUACAAGCGACAACAAUAAGAAGCAGAAGAUAGGAGACAACACUUCCGUUGUUGUUCCCGGGAGCAAUAGUAGGUGGAUUAUGUACGAGUAUUCACUACCGGACGAACAUACGUUUCAAGAGCUGGUCCUUUGCAAGAUUCGCAAGAUAAGCAAGUCUAAGGAUGACGAUGAAGCCAUGGAGGUGACACGUAACGUAGAAGAAGAAGAAGAUUGGAUUGGAGAUCUCUUUGACAGAUUCGAAAGGACUGGACUAGAUGACCUUUAA